AUGCGGCAAAAACGAAGGCUUUUCUGGAUUCCUCGGAAGCCCACUAAGAAGUCACUUAAACUUCAAGUUAACGGAAAGCAGUCGACUAAAACUAAGGAUAAUGUGGAACAGUUGGCUGCAAUUCAGGACGAGGGAUUGCGGUCGACUAAAUCUCAGGAUAUUGGAGACCAGUUGCGUAAACCUCAAGACGAUGGGAAACAGUCGAUGAAUCUAACCAAUCAUCACAAAGGGGUGUACAAUUCGUUGACCGAGCCUCCCCGAAACGUCAAGGAGUGCAUGGACUGGCUGAUAGCCCUGAAGGGAACUGAUGCGGAAAAGAACUUCAAAGCUUUGGGUGCCGCGCUUCACACAUUUCUAGUGGACAAGGCUGUUGAAUUUACCGAUGUGCCACUUCUUGAAGAAGUUAGACGCAUAUCUAAGGAGUUCCUGGAGCAAAAUGAACUUAAGGACCGGCGGCACGUAAAAGAGAUUCUGGAGAUGAUCAAUAGGUUCGUGAAUGAAACACCUGAAGACUUCGCUAAAACCAUGGGUAGCAAUGCUGUUGCCGUCAAACAGAACAUAGGUCAUGUUGUGGAUGGUUGUGAGAAAUUCUUGGAAAAAAUUAAAACCCCUAAGCAGUAUAAGUCUGCCUACAGUUCCGAAGCUACGUGGGAUGCAACAUGCGCAAAGGACUCAGAAGCUUGCGCGGCAAUAUUCUUGGGUAUUGCUUUAAUGUUGUACGUAGGCAUAGGUUCCUUGCAGGAUGCGUGGUUAGAUGCACACUUUAGACGACCGCCGUUUAUUGCGUAUAAGCGUAUGCAAGGGGUGUUGAAAGCCUUGGGUUUCGUAGAGCCAGAAUUCCGCGCUAACAUGAGUGUUUCAGAUGUCGAGAAGGCAUUGGAAGGUGUAAAUAAAAGGGUAUUGUUCAUAACAAACGAGUUCGCUCGAUUUUGGGGUUUGUCUUGA